AUGCACCUGCUGCCAUCAGCAGCGCUGGCCGUCCUCCUGGCCGCCGCCUCCCCGGCAGCGGCGCAAAAGUACGCGCCCGGCAAACGCAACAUCUGCGUCAAGGAAAACCAGAAAAUCGGGACUCCGGAAAUCAUACUGUGGCAGGGCACCGACCUCUGCGGAGGAGGGGUUGCAAAGUGGCCCAACUCGUUACCUGUUGGGGAUAAGAAGGUCGACCCAACCGUCUGUUGCCUCGACGUCCAUGGCUAUGGCAACUUCUACGGGGUUAUACAAGGUGAGAGUGCUAAUUGCCGAUAUCACAGUCCAGGGGGGCAAAGGGUCUCCUUGAUCAUCCGGAAAGUCAAUGACAGCCCCAACCUAUACGACGUUUCCGUACGAGAAAGCACUCCUUGGGUAGACGUGUCAAGAACCCCAGGAAGGUACAUCUGCAAGGCAGUAUAA